CUGACAAAAUCUGUCAGAACGAGGAACAAGAAGCAAGCCAAAUAGGAAGCAGGACACUGCAAGUACAUCUAUUUGCUUCUUCCCUGGUGUUAUUUAUUUAAUCCGCCUAAGCAUAAACGGUAAAUUUCAGUAUUUGUUUACGUCCGCUGUGGGAAUGUUGGACACGCUUUUCGGGUGCCGAAUCGAGUAGUACAAGUGAACAGCUUCAAAACUAAAUAACGAGAUGGCUCAGUGGAACCAACUUCAGAUGUUGGACUCCAAGUACCUGGAGCAGGUGGACCUCCUCUAUGAUGACUCAUUCCCUAUGGACAUCAGAGAGUACCUGUGCAAGUGGAUUGAGAGCAUCGACUGGGACUUGGUGGCAUGUCAAGAAUCAUUAGCCAUCGUGCGCUUUCAUGAACUCCUAUCCCAGCUGGAUGACCAACACAGCCGCUUUGCUCUGGAGAACAACUUCCUACAGCAACACAACUGCCGUAAGAUUAAGAGGAACCUGCAGGAUCGAUUCCAGGAUGACCCAGUGCACAUGGCCAUGAUCAUUUCAAAGAACCUAAAGGAUGAGAGCAUGAUCCUUGCGUGCGCAAGGAGCGCCAUGGAGGGUGAGGGAAUGGCGACAGCCAUGGUGGUGGAGAAACAGAAGCUGGGCGGCAAAGUGAAGGAGAUGCGGGAGAGAGCUCAGGUGGCAGAUCAAACCAUAAAAAAUCUGGAGGAUCAGCAAGAUGAAUACGACUUCAAGUUCAACACGCUGAGGAACAGAGAGAACGAACUGAACGAGAUGGGGCCAAAGGAAGUGGAGAGGGAGAAGAUGGUCAUCACCCGGAUGUGUUUGGAUCUGAAAACCAAACGUCAGGACGUGAUGCUCCAGCUGUCGGAGCUCCUGAAUGUGACGCAAGCGUUGCAGUCGGACCUGAUCUCCGAGGAGCUGCCCGAGUGGAAGCGGCGGCAGCAGAUUGCCUGCAUCGGCGGCCCGCCCAACGCCUGCCUGGAUCAGCUGCAGAACUGGUUCACCACAGUCGCAGAGACUCUUCUACAGUUUCGCCAGCAUCUGACGAAGUUGCAAGAGCUGGAGCAGAAGUUCACAUAUGAAAGCGACCCCAUCACCUUGAAGAAAGACUUCCUGGAGGUCCGAUCCCUGGAGCUGUUGAAGACCCUCCUCUCCAACGCUUUGGUUGUGGAGCGGCAGCCCUGCAUGCCCACCCACCCUCAGAGGCCCCUGGUGCUGAAAACCGCCAUUCAGUUCACCGUCAAACUGCGGUUCCUGGUGAAGCUGCCGGAGUUUAACUACCAGCUCAAAGUCAAGGCGCUAUUUGACAAAGAUGUGACGGACAAGAAAGGGUUCCGUAGGUUCAACAUUUUGGGAACAAACACCAAAGUCAUGAACAUGGAGGAGUCGAAUGGCAGCUUGGCAGCAGAGUUUAGACAUCUGCAAUUAAAAGAGCAGAAACUCGCAGGAAACCGAAACAGUGAGGUCCCGCUGAUCGUCACAAAGGAGCUUCACUCUCUGAGCUUUGAGACGGAGCUGCAGCUCAGUCAGUCCGGAACCAAGAUCAAGCUGGAGGCGCUGUCUCUGCCCGUGGUGGUGAUCUCCAACGUGUGUCAGCUGCCCAGCGGCUGGGCCUCCAUCUUGUGGUACAACAUGUUGACCAGUGAGCCCAAGAACCUGCAGUUCUUCCUGUCUCCUCCGGCAGCCAAGUGGUCUGAACUCUCUGAGGUUCUGGGCUGGCAGUUCUCUUCUGUCACCAAGCGAGGCCUGAACCAGGAGCAGCUCAACAUGCUGGCCGACAAGCUGCUGGGUCCCAAAGCUCAGGGGAACCCGGACGGGCUAAUUAGUUGGAACAAGUUCUGCAAGCCACAAAAUGCCAACGAGAAAGCGUUUCCCUUCUGGUUGUGGAUCGAAGGCAUCCUGGAUCUGAUCAAGAGACAUUUGCUUUUCCUCUGGAACGACGGUUUCAUCCUGGGAUUCAUCAGUAAGGAGCGCGAAAAGGCCCUUCUGAGCGACAAGUGCCCCGGGACCUUCUUGCUCAGGUUCAGCGAGAGCAGCAAAGAAGGCGCCAUUACCUUCACGUGGAUCGAACACGACAUGCACAACAAGCCCAUCUUCCACUCAGUGGAGCCGUACACAAAGAAAGAUCUGACCGCCGUCUCACUGGCCGACAUCAUCCGCACGUACAAGGUGAUGGCGACCGACGACAUCCCUGAUAACCCGCUGCGCUUCCUUUACCCCGACAUCCCAAAAGACGUGGCCUUUAAGAAGUACUAUGCCAAAAAUUCCGAGGCUCCGGAGCCCAUGGACGUGGAGAACACGGAGAAGAGCGGCUACAUGAAGACUGAGCUCAUCUCUGUCUCAGAAGUACAUCCGGCCCGCCUGCAAGAAAAAAUGAUGCCCAUGUCGCCUGACGUGUACCGCUAUUUGGAGCAGUCAGUCAGUCGCACAGAUAUUGAUGCGAUGACGACAGACCUUCAGGGUUAAAAGUGAGCUGCAGAAAAGGUUUUGUUUCUUGAGGUCACCAAACACAACAACACACAAUUUUAGAAAUGUGUGCAAAGAAACGAGAAAAGGUGGUUCGAACUCCUACAGCACUCUUGCGGCUGGCUCUCGCUGUGGCGACUCCCGAUGGGACAAACUGAAAGCCGCAACAACGGUUCACCACUUGUACAAAUGAAUCGACGAUCAUGAAAUACAGUUCGUUGUUGUUAAGAGUCAUUUGAUUGAGUUACAAAUGGGUUAAUUUGCCUGACUUUGGUACAUUGUUUCAUUUCCCGCAGUGUGAAUGGGAUCAGUUGCAUGCAAGAGACCUUUAGAGGGGCAGAUGCUCAAAGUUCACAAGGGGUCACGUGGAAUUUUUUAAAAUGACCUGUACACACAAUAGAAAUAGAAUGUGUGGACAGAAUGCUCAUUUGUGGCCAUUUGAUACAAAUUUAUAUCACCCCGUUGAGCAACUGGAGAAGCAAAUCGAGAGCGUCUCUUCUGGAAACGGUGAGGCAAAUUCCAAAUAGAAUGUUAUUUUUGGCUGGGAAAGAGCUACAAAGACGUUCUUAGAAACCUUACAGUGCAUUGCAGGCAAUUGAUGAGAACCAAAUCCUAAAAUAUGUCUGUCCUUCAGGACCGCGGUCAAUGCAGUUUACAGCAAACGAUACACGCCAUUUGCUUACCCAGGUUUCACGGUUAUUCAUGACAAUACCUACCUUUGCAAACCGCCGACGUUUUUGGGGGGGCUGGAGGGGGAAUGCUAAGGGCGCCAAAAAUCGGCUGAAAAUUCACCUUCAAUAUCCAGUAAGUAAGAAUGACUCUUAAAAGGAAAUAGGAAUACAUUGAAAUCAAUUCAAAAAUUAAAUAAGCGAAGAGAACCACGGUGAAUUAAUUUGAAAUUGGCCAUCCUGCGAGUGCGAGUGGCCCGUGGUGAGUAUACAGUAAAAGGGUUCCAUGGUUGAGUAACAAAACUUGAAAUACUUAUAUACAAUACAAUAUAUAUAUAUAUAUAUAUAUAUAUAUAUAUAUAUAUAUAUAUAUAUAUAUAUAUAUAUAUAUAUAUAUAUAUAUAUAUAUAUAUAUAUAUAUAACUAUUUCAUAUUACAGGUCAAUAAGAAGGUAUAAAUAAAUAAACUAUUUAAUGUUACAGCUGAGAGAGCCUAUUUUUUUUGUGGUGAAUUGAACAUCCUAAAGUGUCUCUAUAGCUGUGAUUGUGAGUCUUAAUGGUUGUCUAUGUGUGCCCUCCCAUUGGCUGGCUGCCCAAAGACAGCUGGAAUAGGCCCCAGCGCACCCGCGACCAAGUUGAUCAAAAUUCAAAUGUAAAGUAAUGCCCACUUAAUUACUGCAAGUGAUAAAACACUGGGGGAAAACUUUGUUGGCUAUACAUAAACAAAAAGCAUGCAUUCACAUGAUUUUUGUCAAGUUUCAUAAGACGUUGCAACAGCAAGUAGCUCACAUGAUCUGAUGGACAGUAGUGAAAAUGUUGCAUGUUGUAUUUUCAAUUGUGUGUGUGACUUUUAUCUUAUGAAUUAAAGGAAAUGGAACAA